UGGAUCACGUGACGUGCAUGGCAUUUGGUAGUAUAAAGGACCAGUCUUAUUGAGUCAUUCAUUUCUUCCUUCACUCGUCACAACGCAUCGCUGCAUCUCUCUCGCUAACCGAAGUUCAAACCCUAAGAUUCCAUCUCCAAGGUUGAACUGCAAUGGCUUCGAAACGCAUUACUAAGGAGUUGAAGGACCUGCAGAAAGACCCUCCUGUGUCCUGCAGCGCUGGCCCUGUUGGUGAAGACCUGUUUCAUUGGCAAGCUACAAUCAUGGGACCGGCAGACAGUCCCUAUGCUGGUGGCGUAUUCCUAGUGACCAUUCACUUCCCACCGGAUUAUCCAUUUAAGCCACCAAAGGUUUCCUUUCGAACAAAAGUGUUCCACCCUAACAUCAACAGCAAUGGGAGUAUCUGUCUCGACAUUCUGAAAGAACAGUGGAGUCCUGCUCUUACUGUUUCGAAGGUGCUGCUGUCAAUCUGCUCUCUGCUGACAGAUCCAAACCCAGAUGAUCCUUUGGUGCCUGAUAUUGCCCACAUGUACAAGACAGACAAAGCAAAGUAUGAGACUACUGCCCGGUCUUGGACUCAGAAAUAUGCGAUGAACUAGCACAAAUGCUUGAGCUUUUAAAGGACUACUGUGAAAAACAUGUUUUGGGAUGCAAAAGGUUCUAUAAGAGUGAAAAAAAAAUGUUGUUUUGGGAUGCAUGUUGGUAUAUUAUAUACAUUACAUAUAUAGUGCAUCUGCUUUGAUCUUAUGAUAAUAAUAAUAAUUCAACCCAAACAAACAACCAAGUUUUAUCCGAUUAAGUGAAUUCAACUACAUAAAAGACGUCAUAGUGUUCUAUUA